UCCUGAGACGAUAUCGUUGCUAGGUGAUGCGACUCACGCACACUCGCUUCCUGGUGCAGUUUCAUCUCCGUUAUAGAUAAUCUGUCCUUUAAGAUGAUUGUUUAUAUAUGAAUGCGCUGUGUUUUACUUCCACGGGGAAGGAACAUGUCAUCGACGCAAGAAACUCUCUUCUCGUUGGAACUGGUGAUCGAUUACGUCCGCUUCGACGGUUCGCGUGGCAGUGUUUUGGCUCCUGCAGUGGGUGUCCGCUUCUUAGAUUUCCCCACACUGCUCAUCUACCAAUCAGGACACGAGGAUGUUUCAUCUAAAUCAGGCUAUGCUGACCUGUGCGUAUCACCUGAGGCUUUAUCUCAACAAGAUAAUGGAGACAAUCUGAAGUAUUCCUUCCAUAAAGGCAAAUCCUGUCUUUUUAAGAUGAAUUUGGACUCGUUACACAACCAUCUACUGAACACUCCUCUUUACGCAAUGGUAUUGGAUGUAAAAGAUGAGAUUCCCAAACUUAUAGGAAGCUCCUUGAUAUCCCUGGCUAAAGUGACGGAGAGAAUUAAACUGGAUGUGGGUAAACAUGGUAUUGGCUCUCCAAGCGCUUAUGGAGAGAGACUGCUGACCUCAAUCUGCAAUCUGAUGGGGAAAAGCAUAGGUGCCAUUUCUCUGGCUUAUAAGAUUGUAAGUCUAGGAGCUCAUUUAAUCCCUCAUAUCCCAGAAAACAGAGUCUGUGAAGUCGGCGUGACCCGUGGAAAAGCAGAACAACACGAAUCAGUGCAUGCAAAAUGUGAGAUGCCAACAAAAGUGUCUGAGAAUCAUCCUGGUAAUGUUCUCUCACCACAAAUAAGCCUUGAUGGACAGUCAGCUGAUGUAGUGAUAUCAGAAGCAAAGCAGCCAGGGCUUCCGGCUGAACAGAGAGUCUCGUGGUGUGAAGGUGCACAGGAAUACACCGCAUUCUGCCCUCCACCUCUGUUUUACAGCUCCGGCCUGAAGAACCAACAGGAGAGGAAAAGCUUUACAGGGUUAAUUCCAGCAAUGGAGAGUCUUAAUAUAGAGGAUCCAGAAGAUGGAAAUAAUGAAGACAUGCAUGAUUUUCCAGAGAUAUCAGCUGUAAAGGCAGACAGAUCGAGCAAGCUAACUUCAACUCCAAGGUCACAGCAUGAAGAGACUGAUUCAGCUCCGCUUGGGAAUGUGAUCAGGCAGUUACCGCUGCUGAAUGCUUUACUAGUUGAACUAUCACAGCUGAACGGACAGACGCAGCAGCAGCCGUUAUCCAUCCAUCCUCACCUGGCGUGGUUGUACACAUCAGCACCUGGAGCAAAAACUGAGUAUCAGAAAACAAUCAAAGCUAGUCCUAAACAGAGACCCGGUCAAUGCAAGAUAAAAGAAGGUGUAAAAUCAGUAAAGAGUGCAAAGAAAAAUGAAGAAAAGUUGCAACCUAAGAGGACGCUUAAAUAUGGCUUGACAAAGUCUUUUUGUCUCAGACUCAAGCUGGUCAAACCAGGACUUGUCAAACGGCAUGAAUGCAUCGAAUACCAGAACAUAAAACAGGACCAGCCAACAAGACAGACGUCGUCUGACCAUAAACGUGUUCGUAAGUCAGUUUACAGAGGCGUCAACUUAGAUGAAACUGUUGAAACAUUAGUUAGCAGUUUUGAAAUGGACCCAGCACCAAUUAAAACUGCAUCAUCAAGAUCACAAACAAGUUUAAAUGAAAGUCUUGCGAAACAUGCUGCAGAGACGACGUUGGAUGAAAGAGACAAAAAAGUUCGAGUUCAUAUUCCAAGUGCACUGAGUGACCGCAGUGAGCAGCAUUCAGAUCUGAACAAUCCUGGCGUCCAGAGUUUUAAAGAAAACAGCAGGGAAGAUAGUAGAGCAAGCAGCCGUCCUCGCAGGUCAAGCCUGAGUAAUGGCUCCUUCGAACAAGAAGAGUAUCAGGAUGACUUCACGAGCCUCAACACAACUGACGGAUACUCGCCUGACCCGCUCAGCAGCCCAGAACCAAACAGACGUAAAACAAACAGCGGUUCGAGUACUUCAAGUCAAAAUAGAGGUCUUCCUGUUCCCGUCAAAGCGGAGAACUCUCCGCAACGUUCCCUCAAAGGCACACACGUCAUCCGACCACGUCUGCAGACCUCCGCUCUGAGUCUGUCUUCGGAUGACAGUGAGGGUGAGUUUGUGUCCUCUGGUAGCGGCAGACGCCGGAGGCCUGGAUCGCAGAGCAGUGGACAAAAGACUCAAAAAUCAGAGAGCUUUGACAAGUGACCCUGGUGAAAAGGCCAUGACAUUUAGCCGGGUGUCAAAGGACUCGGAUUUGCCCGCUAAUAACCCUGUGCUGAAGUCCGUUCAUCUUCAGAACACUCUGGAGAGGAACGGGACAAACUGGGUUCUCUGGGACUGGACAAGAAUUGCCAUCACAUUUCAGAACUGGUCUUCAACAAACUUCCAGGAUAUACGCUGUGAUAAAGACAGUGGUGAUCUAAUAUACUGUACAUGAAAAUGACCAGAAACCAUCAAACAUCUUGUUUUUAUUAGUCAUUUUAAUAUGAAUAAUAUGUUUUACACACUGAAUUGUUGCAUAGAAAUGCAUUCAUUGGCACAGUUAUUUUGUGUGUUCAAAUACAGCUUUAAUUUCAUAUGUCAAUAAGUAUUUAAUGGUUUUAUUAUUAAUUCAUAUGUUUUUCAGUAUUUGUAAAAAAAAUCCAUAACAUUUCUACGGCAAUAAACACACUUGUUGUUUCUAAAGCUCAAAGUAUA